ACCAAUGAAAAAGAACUAGGAAGAAAAACACUUCCGCUGCAUAGUCACAGUUUUCAGCCAGGCUGUCAGAUGUAACGUUAGGGUUACAAUAUGGCUAAAUUGAAAGACAAAAGACGAGAGAAAACCAGUGUCGCCAAUGAGAUUGACCGUUUAGAGGAGCGGCGGGCGCGUUGUCAAGACAACCUGGAGAGGGCUGAGUUCAGGACCAGAAAAGAGCAGCUCUGUGACAAGGACAGGCAGGACCUGGAAGAUGAAAUGACCAUCAUUAAUCAGAGGGUGCUAAAGUUGGACAAGGAGCUGGAGAUGUUAAGAAGAGAGAAUCGGAAGAACAUGCUGCUAUCAGUCUCUCUGCUGGUUAUCAGUGCUCUCUUCUACUAUGUAUUUGUUUUCAAUGAAGAGGACUCAUCAUGAAAAGGCUGAAGAGCUGUGCUGAUGAAAUACUUCAGUUCUGCCUCUAGAUGGCAUCAUUGUGUAGAUCUCUUCUGGUCACCAUACUGGGUUUAUCCUGCACAGUCAGAACCCCACCACAGCUUCUUGGACUAAAGUAACAUAUAUGAGAUAAUAUUAAGGUGACGUGAGCAAUCAUUUUUGUCUUUUCAGCUUGUAUACAGUCAGUUUUUAUUUUCAUUGCUGUAUAAAGACCUUAGUGUAUAUUAUGACAUUCAACAUGAAGACAGGAUUACAACACGGACAAUUUGUCCUCUAAAUAACCAAUUCAAUAUUAAGUUUGCCUUAUGCCACAAAUAAACCAAAGUAAUAAUGCUUUUAUACACUAUAUCGAAGAAAUGCUUCAUCAAAUGGUGCCAAUCAAGUCAGCUUUUUUCUUUUUAGUCACAUGUAAAUGUGUGAUAAUGCACAAUACACAUGUCACAUGUGCAUUAAAUGAAUGAAAAUCUUUGAUACAUUCUGUUUAAGUGUGAGUUGUACAGUAUGUUUUGUCGUUACAGCAAAUGGAGAACCUGAAGAAUGUAUUCUUUGUUUUUAUACUCAUGGUGGCCAUACACCCAUCUCCUAAAAGCUGAAAGAUGGCAAAUGUCUUAUUUUUAAUACACAUAUGAAAAUGAGGGUAUGAGAAUUAGGUUUGGUCCUUAUAACUCAUCUGUUUUUUAUCUUUU